AUUAUCAUCCCACCCAUGAAUCACAUGCCCCUCAUGUAUAAAAAUCCCCGCUCGCAUGCUAACCUUUCUGUUUCAAACUCCAAGCCCAGUCAACGUCCACUACUCCCACCACCUAACCGUCACCUCAUCGGCCAUGAAUCACACCUCAAUCCCACCCCCACGACCCUUCCCUCCUCCCUUCGGAUCAUGCUAGCCGCCAUUUCGUGGCUCCGCUCGCGCCGGAUUCGCUGCCUCUUUCUCAUCCUGUGUUCCCCUAUUCUUCUCCCUUUCCUCUGUGCUUCCUUCCCUCUUCUCUGCGCCGUCGAGCUCUGCAUCCGUACUUGCCGCCGCAGCCGGAGGAAAAAGGAAGGAAACGAUGAGAAACAGCUGCGGCGAUGCGAGGAGGGAUUCUGCGAUUGCGAUCGAUUAGUGGAAGAGGAAAAGGAAGUUGGGCUUUUGCAGAGGUAUUUGGAAGAUCAGUUAAGGUUAGUUGGAUCUAUGUAUGAAUGCGGUGAUGAAUUUGAUUGUCCAGAAGAGGAAGAUACUGCUGAUUUCAAGACUCCUCUUUUGGGCUGAGGGACUUCUAUUUGAAACUUUGCGGAGUGUGAAACGCCAAGGCAGGCUAACAAUUUCCAAUCAUAGAUUCUGGACGGUGGACAGCACAAUCCGGUUGGAUUUGGACACUGGAAUAUGCUAUGGGCUCCAUUUGUGGGCUCACAUCUUCACUUUUUUUCUGCUUUUUGCCCUUUUUCAACCACACUAUAUUAUGAGAUAAUAAUUUCUUA